CGGGGCUGGGGCAGGCUCCGCCGGGCACCGCGCUGGUUGGGCCCGCAGCAGCAGCGGGAGGAGCCCGGGCCCGGGCCCGCCGCCCGAGCGCAGGCUCACUACCGUCGUCCGGGGACAGUCUGUGUGGGAGAGCCGGUCUUUUACUCACAUCUCCGUGUAGGCCAAUGGCCGGCGCCGCCAUGGCGCGGGUGCUGAUCGUGGGCGCCGGGCUGACCGGCAGCCUGUGCGCUGCGCUGCUGCGGAGAGAGCUGCCCCAGCGCCCGCUGCGCAUCGUGCUGUGGGACAAAGCCCGGGACGCAGGAGGAAGAAUGACUACAAGCAGGAGCCCGCACAACCCUCGCUGUACAGCGGAUCUGGGAGCACAGUACAUAACGCUUAGGCCCGCCUAUGCCCAAAAGCAUCAAAGCUUCUACGAGGACCUUUUGGCCCAUGGUGUGUUGAAGCCAUUGACUGCCCCUGUGGAAGGCAUGGUGAUGGAAGAAGGAUCUCACAAUUUUGUGACACCUCAGGGAAUCUCUUCAAUUGUCAAGCAUUAUUUAACAGAGUCAGCAGGUGCAGAUGUCUUCUAUGAACACCAUGUAACACAGAUCUACCUCAGAGGGGGGAAAUGGGAGGUCUGCAAGAAAACAGGAUCCCCAGAACAGUUUGACAUAGUUGUUCUCACAAUACCUGUUCCACAGAUUCUUCAACUUCAAGGUGACAUUGUGAACAUAAUUAAGGAAAGUCAAAAGCAGCAACUGGAAUCUGUGAGCUACUCCUCUCGCUAUGCUCUGGGACUCUUUUAUGAAGCUGGCACGUGGAUUGAUGUCCCCUGGGCUGCACAGUACAUCACCAAUAAUCCCUGCAUACGCUUCAUCUCCAUCGAUAAUAAGAAGCGCAAUAUAGACUCUUCCGAAUUUGGGCCAUCUGUUGUUGUGCACACCAGUGUACCAUUUGGAAUUGCACAUCUAGAAUGGGAUAAGGAAAAGGUGCAGCCGAUAAUCCUGGAUCAGCUGGAAAAUAUUAUGCCAGGUCUGCCUAAACCAACUAGCAUCAAGUGCCAGAAGUGGAGAUACUCUCAGGUUACAAAAGCCAUCCCCAGUUGUCCAGGACAAAUGACUCUUCAUAUGAAACCUCUCCUGGUGUGUGGGGGCGAUGGAUUUACUCAUUCCAACUUUGAUGGGUGCAUAGAUUCUGCCAUAUGUAUUGUGGAGGCUUUAAAGACUAAUUUAUAAAGCUGUUUACAUAUCAUUUUAGUUCUAUGGUGAAUGUUACCAUGACGUUAAAUUUUAGAGUAUUGUUGACCUGAUUGGCCUACAUUUUACUUUAGAAAAAGCAUCAAAAAUUGCUUAUAUCUGUUUGAAUGGAAAUAAAUUUUGAGGACCCUGGAAUUUUGCUGUUCUACGAUAAAGGAAACUUUUCUGAUGGCCUGAUUCCACUAUCUUUUUGCCCAUUGAUUUCAUCUGGUGUUACAAGCUGAAAAGGUAAAAGAUACUUUUGAAAUGUCAUACUGGGCAACACAGUACCUUUAGAAAGGCCCCUAGGCAUGUCUGAAAAUUUUACCCUAGGAAUACACAGUAUUGUCAGCUCUUGAUCUUUGCCCAAAACUCUCAAUGAGACCCCUGCGCAUAGGUGCUGGAACUGCAGGUGCUGCAGCAACCCCUGGCAUGACGUGGUUUCCAUUAUAAAGAGGGUUUACAGUUUGGUUCAAUGGCUCUCAGCACCCCCGCCAUAAAAAUUGUUCCAGCAUCCCUCUGACUGGGAACCCAGCACACAGAACCUGUAUAACAAGUGGCUGUAACAGUUACAAGCACACUUUUCAGAUGUGGUUGCCAAAAGUUGGGCUACUAAAUCCAUAGUUAGGUACCUAAAUAAGUGCCCUUUUUUCCCCAGAGGUACUGAGUACCCAGCAACCCCCAGUGAAGUCAGCAAGACUCCUGGGUGCUCAGUAUUUUUGAAAAAUCAGGCCAUUUAUUUAGGUGCCUAACCUGACUUGGGAGCCUAACUUUAGGCACCCAUGUUUGAAAAUCUUGGCCUACAUCAAGAAGUUCUUCAGGAGCUAUAUAGUACAUAUUCAGAAUAAAAUUCUGUCCUUACUAUCUGAAGUCAUGGAGGUGACAGAGUAGAGUAAUAUCAUGACCUAGUGUGUCCCCCAGAUUAACCAAUAUGAACUAGCCCACCCCCCCCAUCUCAGAGGGACCCUACUACCACCAGGGGAGGGAGGGAAUACACACAGCCUGCAACAACUACAAACUAGCCAGCACCAAGAAGGGGGUGGGGCAUCACAGGGGGUUGGCCCUGCCUGCAUCCUGUGGCAAGAGCCAACACGUUAGAUUGGGACCCAGGCCAGCCCUGCAGGACAGGAGCUGCUGUAGGGUGAACAUGGAGGAGGCUCACUCUCCAACAUCCCCCAGGGGCAGAUUCAGAAGAUGUUACUGACAGCUUUCUGCAAGCUCAGAGAAGGAUUUCUUUCUUUGCUUCUAGAAAUGAAGUACCAAUAAAAUGUGUUGCCUACCCUAAAAGUGGUGCAACCAGAAAUAAACAGCCUGUACAUGUGAAAGGAAGAAAGAAGAGAGUGCUAGAAAGAAUACAGGUGGACAUACAAAUGUACAUAUCUCAUGUCACUAGAUUUGUUACCUCAUAGUAUUGUCUAAUAUAUACUUUUGCAUCUGGGCUGUAAACACUAAGUUGUAACACCACGUUAACGUCAAUGAAUUUAACUAACACACACAGCCAAUUACUGGACCAGAAAAGAGAUGCACUUAAAAUAGUUCAAUAUUUGCCAGAUUAGUGGUUCAGAGAAUAAUGUAUCAUGCCUCAGUUCUUUGACCCUUUGCUGCCUGAAGAGAAGUUGAUUCUUGAUCCUCUUAAACAGGGCGCACUCUAGCAACUAUAGAAAAAGUACAGGAGCAGCAACUAGAGAAGAAUGUGCCAUUGCUUUAGUGGAUAACAAAUGUAAAGAAAAAGUGUAUAAAAGGACGUCACCGAGGAGAAUUACAUAACAGUGUGAUAACAAUAAUAAAGUUGCAAUGGGUUUCCAGGUUCAGAGUUAGGAUAUGUGGAAUAGCUCAGUGGUUUGAGCAUUGGCCUGCUAAAUCCAGGGUUGUGGGUUCAAUUCUUGAGGGGGCUAUUUAAGGAUCUAGGGCAAAAAUUGGGGAUUGGCCCUGCUUUGAGCAGGGGGUUGGACUAGAUGACCUCCUGAGGUCCCCUGCAACCCUGAUAUGCUAUGAUACAGUAGCUACACUAAAAACAUUAAAACUAGGGCUGUCAAGCGAUUAAAAAAAUUAAACGUGAUUAAUUGCACGAUUAAAUAAUUAAUCGCAAUUAAUUGCAGUGUUAAACAAUAAUAGAAUACCAUUUAUUUAAAUAUUUUUUGAUGUUUUCUACAUUUUAAAAUAUAUUGAUUUCAAUUACAACACAGAAUUCAAAAGUGUAUAGUGAUCACUUUAUAUUUAUUUUUGAUUACAAGUAUUUGCACUGCAAAACAAAAGAAAUGGUAUUUUUCAAUUCACCUAGUACAAGUACUGUAGUGCAAUCUCUUUAUCAUGAAAGUUGAUUUUACAAAUGUAGAAUUAUGUACAAAAAAAACUGCAUUCAAAAAUAAAACCAAGUAAAAUUUUAGAGCCUGCAAGUCCACUCAGUCCUACUUCUUGCUCAGCCAAUCACUCAGACAAACAAGUUUGUUUACAUUUGCAGGAGAUAAUGCUGCCCGCUUCUUGUUUACAGUGUCACCUGAAAGUGAGAAAAAGGCAUUCUCAUGGCACUGUUGUAGCCAGUAUUUAAGAUAUUUAUGUGCCCGACAUGCUAAAGAUUUAUAUGUCUUUUCAUGCUUCAACCACAAUUCCAGGGGACAUGUGUCCAUGCUGAUGAUGGAUUCUGCUCGAUAACAAUCCAAACCAGUGCGGACCGACGCAUGUUCAUUUUCAUCAUCUGAGUCAGAUGCCACCAACAGAAGGUUGAUUUUCUCUUUUGGUGGUUUGGGUUUUGUAGUUUCUUUUUUAAAACUUCUUUAAGACUUGCUCUUUUAAGAAUUCUGAAAGCAUGCUCCACACCUUGUCCCAAUUAGAUUUUGGAAGGCACUUCAGACUCUUAAAACUUUGGUUGAAUGCUGUAGCUAUCUUUAGAAAUCUGACAUUGGUACCUUCUUUGCGUUUUAUCAAAUCUCCAGUGAAAGUGUUCUUAAAAUGAACAACAUGUGCUGGGUCAUCAUCCAAGACUGAUAUAACAUGAAAUAUAUGGCAGAAUGCGGGUAAAACAGAGCAGGGGACAUACAAUUCUCCCCCAAGGAGUUCAGUCACAAAUUUAAUUAACACAUUAUUUUUUUAACAAGUGUCAUCAGCAUGAAAGCAUGUCCUCUGCAAUGGUGGCCGAAGCAUGAAGGGGCAUACGAAUGUUUAGCAUAUCUGGCACGUAAAUGCCAGCUUACAAUGCCAGCUACAAAAAUGCCAUGCAAAUGCCUGUUCUCACUUCCUGGUGACAUUGCAAAUAAGAAGAGGGCAGCUGCAUCUCCUGAAAGUAUAGACAAACUUGUCUGAGCAAUUAGCUGAACAAGAAGUAGGACUGAGUGGACUUCUAGGCUCUGAAGUUUUACAUUAUUUUGGUUCUGAGUGCACCUAUGAAACAAAAAAAAAUCUAUGUUUGUAAAUUGCACGUUCACGACAAAGAGAUUGCACUACAGUACUUGUAUGAGGUGAAUUGAAAAAUACUAUUUUUCAUUUUUACAGUGCAAAUAUUUGUAAUCAAAACCAUAUACACUUUGAUUUCAGUUACAACACGGAAUACAAUAUAUAUGAAAAUAUACAAAAACAUCCAAAAUAUUUAAUACAUUUCAAUUGGUAUUCAAUUGUUUAACAGUGCAAUUAAAACUGCAGUUAAUCAAGAUUAAUUUUUUAAAUUGUGAUUAAUUUUUUGAGUUAAUCGUGUGAGUUAACUGCGAUUAAUCGACAGCCCUAAUUAAAACACAUAUAAUGUAAGUAGCCACAAUUAAACUACAGUAAACUCUAGAUUUAGAUACUUUGUUUUGAUAGACCAUUUAUAGACAUACAAUGGCAGUGAUAUUUCUAUGUAUACAUUUAAAUAAACAACUAAUUCAAUAAGACCAGACCUGAAAUAAAUGAACAAAAAAUUG